AUGUCAUACUUGCGUGUAGUCAAGUCUGGCUGGCGCAACAGGUUGAAUGAACGUAACUUGACUGAUUUAUUGCGCAAUAAAGUGACAGGUCCAACCCUGCACGUUUUCUGUGAGCGUUUUGGAGAGCUCGCUGUGGACCUCUGGAAGAGUGAUAAAUCACGGAGGAAGACCCAAAGGAAACGAAAACAGUAUGCUGCAAGAGGAAACGCAUCAAAGAGGACAAGAGAGACAGGGAGGGAAGAAUUCCUAAGAGAUUGGUUGAAAGACGUUGGAGCUGAGGGCGAAGAGGAAUCGGAGUGUGAGGAAAAUGAAGAUGGAAUGUAUCGAAGAAGAUGCCCCAGAACCGGUGAAGAAAUCCUGCUAGUUAUCUCUGCUCAGUGGGAGUGA